AUGUCGACAGAGUCUUUUGCUGGAGCCCGUCACAAGAGAGAUGAAGUCGCUGAGGCAGUGCAUUCAAGUGAGCGGUGCAAGAAGAGAGAAGUUUCAAAAGAGAAUGAAGGGGGAGGCAUGCGUCCGUUGCCCCUGGUAUUUCCUACAGCCUCGUGGUCAUCUUAUCACCCAAGCGACUUAGACAGUAGCUACAGCGAAGGCUCUUCCAAAACAAUCAACUCCACAAUUUAUUCGCAUUCCGACAACUCGGCAUAUGAGGAUGCUUCCGAAGGUGAGCCCACCGGAGCUUCCUCUCGGCCUUCUACCAUCUUAUCGCUCUCCCGCAGCCGCGAUAACGACGCAAGUCCACACAACGGCGCCCAUCCCCAACGAACUAAACGCCGAAGGCUUGCAAUAAGGCGCAGCGCGUUCAAACCCUGGGGACUUGCCGCCUCCAGACGCAGCAGAACACCGGAGAGGGCCAACGCCCUGCUGUAUUUGGCCCUAGCGGAUCCCGCUCUGUCAACCGCCGCGCUGCUUGCCACAGAGGGGAAGACCCAGAGAAGCCUGAAUGCGUUUUCUGAAAAAGAAGAGCGCGAGAGGGAGUCGGAUCUCCUCUCCCUGUCUACGCUGCUUGGCUUGGGGUGUAUAAUAUUAUUUGUGGCGUUUGUCAUUGGCUUCGGUGUCGGGUGCGCCCUUGUGCGCCCCCGACCUUUUAGAGGGAAAGCAGUUUUAUCAGUCCUCCCCCUGCCGAGCCGGAUGCAGAUCACUGUGUGGGAAAAAGAAGACCGUUCGGGGUCUUGGGGUUUUCACGAAGGUGCAGGUACGCCAUUAAAGAAAAAAGCUGUGGCGACGGGGAAAAACCCGUUGCAGAAAGGCGUCCUCACAGAAGAUACCCCUUUUCUUACGCUCGUGAUUCCAGACACCUCGUCUCAGGCGCCAGGGCCGCUGGCAGUGCUGCAAGGCAGAUUCAAGUUGCUACUGCCUCUCCAUAAUACGAGUGAGCUCCUUAGGAGGAGAAGAAAUUUCAACACCACAGAAGAUCCAUCGAAGCAAAACAGGGGAGCUACCCACCCAUCCAACUGCCGUGCAUGCUUCCCACAAUAUUGGUGUGUAGAGUGUUCUGUGCCUUGUUAUGCAUGCGCUGCAAAUGUGAACAUAGGCUUCUUUGGAGGCACGGAGUCCGGGGUUUCUGUGCUCGAAUACAUCCCCGCGCCUCGUGUCGGGAAGCUAGCAGGGGAGUGGUGUUUUACCGCUCGUUCCCCUCCGCUAGAGGAAGAUCUCCCUUUAACUCCCUCUUCAGAAGACCUUUCAAGUGCCUCAACAGCGCUGCAAAACCACAAAGAAAUGCAGACGGGCACAAGAGUAGACAGUGCCGCUGCAACCGUUGGCAAAGCAGCAUCUAAAGAUACGCCUCGGCCUGUUGUUUUUUCCUUCACCGACACGCAAGCGGGAACGCUGCCGGCCUCCGGAACCCUCGGACCUACAUUUGAGUUGCUGCCUGCUGUUGCAGAGUUAGCCUGCGACUCCUUCAUGGAACCAGGACACCCCAGCAUAGAUCAGGCGCAACAGGAAGCGGCCCACUUGUUUAAAGAAAACGCUGGAGAGCUAUUGACCGGGGGCUCUUUUCUGCCUCUACACGCGGAAGCGAUUGUGCAGGCUGACAGCUUGUCAAACCCACAGAUGGAGGGACGGCCACUGACGCGCAAGGCAUCCGAGGCAUCUUCAGCGCUCGCCUCCCCUCCUGCCGGAUUUGUUUCUACAUCUCUUUCCGAACUUUCACCAAACCCUAGGGACUCCGAAGGGUAUUCACCAGCCGGCUUCGCGGCAGGAAGAGAGAGGAAGAGGAAACUCUUCUCUCGCAUAUUCGGAGGCCUGCGUGAUUUCAGGCGAGGAGGCGACGUAAGCAAGAACGGCGCUGAUGGGUCAACAACAGAUGCAAAGGGAACUGGCUUAGGCGAUGAGUAUUCAGGAAGGUUGAUAACAGAUGAGUCUACAGGAAGGCUCGUAAACAGUCGUCGACACGAAGAAAACAAGAAUACUGGGGAGGAAGCAGAAGCUUCUAAACGAAGGCUGCAGCAGCAAAAUGCAUCAACAAAGUGCCAAACCCCCCCAUAUAUACUAGCGGUAUCGUUUAACCCGAUGACUGACGCUCAGGGCAGUGGAUUUCGAGCAAGGGAACUCUGGGUGCAUAUACACCACGAAGUCACCUCCCAGGGAAUGUAUGAUGACCUACUACAGGACUGCCGUCUCGGCAGGGUGUACAUUCAGCUGAGCACAGCACUCGCUUAUUACAACGUCUUCUUUUGGAACGAUGUGGAACACCACAGUUUCCUCCCCCUGGCUGUCGGCUGUAUGCUCAAAUACGAAGUUCCGCCGUCACUGCAAAGCAGUGUCGCUUCCAUCUGA